UUCCCCAGCCUAAGCUGGUCAGCAGAGACCAGCUGACAGAUUUCUCAUUGGCUGGGCUUUAAUCAGAUUCCCUGACCUAGAAAGUAUACACCAUGUAAGGCUGAGAAGGUGAUGGAAAUAACUCUCUCUUCUCUGGAACCUUCUUUACUUUUCUGAUGUUGGAAUAAAAAUGCCUCUUUUUGUCAACCGGAACCAAAUGUUUGCUCAUCAGGUCCAUCUGCUGGAGCACAAGCUGAGGAGUAAAGAAGAGCGUAUACUGGAGCUGGAGACAAAAAACGCUAUUCUUCAUUUAAGACUGGCAGAGAGCUUAAGUAAACUUCGUUAUCAUCAUGAAGAGGCUUCAAAGGCCCAGAAAGAACAGCAGAACCACAGACUGGCACAGGAGAAAUGGCGGUUGGUCCUCACCAAACAGCUAUCUGAGGUCCAGGCUCUGAAGCAGGGCCUGCGUGAGGUGUUUGCUGUCUAUGUGAAGUUUGCCACUGAGUUUGAGGAGCAGAGAAAGCAGCUGCUGGAGGAAGUAAAGCAAGCGAUUGCUUCUCUGAAUGAACAGCAUGUAACUGAAAUUCAAGACUUGAAGACUCGGAUCACAGCUCUUGAGCACUCCCUGCAGGAAGAGACCGAGAAGUGCAGGGCAGAGAGGCAAAGAAGAAAAGAAAUUCACAACACUCUCGUGGAGCUGAGAGGUAACAUUAGGGUCCACUGCAGGGUCCGACCAGUUCUGCCCUUUGACCACAUUCGGUCCCUGACCUCAGAAUCAGGGCUUACAUCAUCAGAAGAAGUGGUUCAUGCAAUCAGUGAUGACACAGUGAUGGUGAAUUGCCUGAAGUCAGGGAUGCCUGUGCAGAGCAAGAUUUUUGAGUUUGAAAUGGUUCAUGUGCCACAGGAUUCCCAGGAUGCUGUGUUUGAAGAAGUCAAACCACUCCUAACGUCCUUACUUGACGGUUAUAAUGUUUGCAUAAUGGCAUAUGGACAGACAGGCAGUGGGAAGACUCACACCAUGAUGGGAUCCUUUUGUCAGGGGGAGAAGGUUGGAAUACCACAGGAGACUCAGCAGGGAAUUAUUCCCAAUGCUGCUGCUGAGCUUUUCAGACUCAUCUCUGAGAAACCUGAGGACAGCCACUCUGUGGAGGUGUCAGUGAUGGAGGUUUACAACAAUGAGGUGUAUGACCUACUGGCCAAAGACGAGCAGGGAAACCCAACGUGUCAGCGCUGUGACAUCAUCACCACAUCCUCUGGCAUUAGUGAUGUCCCUUCACUAACAUCUGAACCUAUACAUAGCGCCUGCGAGAUGAUGCUGAUCAUCAGUAACAUCCAGAAACUCAGGGCUCACUGUCCAAACCUGGUCCACACCGAGUCUUCCCGCUCUCACCUCAUCGUUACCCUCACUGUAUCCUCCAAGAGCCCCAACGCACUGGCCCUGGCCCGUAGGCUACAGAAUGCUAAAAGGAACAUGCAGCGCUCCACCCAGCAGCAGUGGUGGAGUCCACGCUGUCGCCGUGCUAACAUCACUAGUCAUGGCUCAUCUGAUAAACUCUGUGGCAGUGCCGCCUCCUCUCCCUGCCUCUCACCCCUGCAGUCCCCGUGUCUCUCUCCCAGGCCCAGUAUUUCACAGACUUCAUUCAGGACCAGGCUUCGGCUGGUGGACCUGGCAGGCAGUGAGAGUGUUGGCAUGUCUGGAGUGAGUGGUGCAGCUCUGUGGGAGGUGUCCUGCAUCAACCGCAGCCUCUCGGCUCUGUCUGACGUCCUCUCAGCUCUGGCUGAACAAAGACCUCACAUUCCUUACAGGAACAGUAAACUGACUCAUGUUCUUCAGGAUGCCAUAGGUGGUGAUGCCAAGUUAUUGGUGAUGCUGUGUGUCUCUCCCACCCAGCGUUACAUCACUGAGUCUCUGCAGACUCUUGGACUGGGCACUCGAGCCCGCCAGGUCCAGAAGGCCGCACCCCGUAAGAAAAACAGCAGCCCAAAAGCUAAAUGAUUAAUAUGAGAAGUUUUUUUUUUUUUUUACUCAUUUGUUAUAAAGUUUAGAAUUUGUCAUUGUCUCUGUGGAAAACACUUAUGAAAAUAACAGAACUGUAAAUACACAGAUUUAAGCAGAAGGAAAAAAUAAAUAAAUAAAAGUACAAUAUAUUUAACAUAUUUACUUGGUUUGCACUAUAGAGUAUACUAUAAAUAUAGAUAUUGCAGUACCUCGUUUUUUUAUUUGUGCUUAUCCGUAGAAAUAAGUAUUAAUUAAAAUACUAUAUUAAAAAGCUGUGGCGUGUCGCGGAUUUCUAUGUAUGUCCUUGAAAUAGCUCUCACGUUUCAAAAAGGUUGGUGAGCACUGUCCGAGAUAAAUCCUGUAUUCAUCAUGUCAUAGUAACGCCAUUACUAAAGCAACAAACCCACAAAGCACUAUUCAUAAACAGUUGCGAGACAAUAUACAUUGAUAAACAUUAUUAAUAACAUUAUACAAUUACGAUAUUAUUA